CUCGGCGCCCCGGCCAAAGCCGGCCAGACGGCCGCGCCGGAGCCUGCGCACUGGGCCUCCAGCGCCACCAGCGGUUGCAGACGCGGCUGCUCGGAAGAUGGCGGAGCGUGCCGGCGCCGGCGGCAGCACAUCCCUGAGGGGGAUGCGCGAACGGAUGGUUGCUGCUGCGCACGCCAUUGCUGAAGAAAGACGGAGUCAGAGUGGUUUCUGCCCCCUUCCAUCUCAGUCUGCAAAUAUAAGAUCAGCUUUUAAACCAGUAAUCGAUGGAUCCGUACUUAAAAGCGUUGUGAGGCAGAGGUUGGCAAAAGAACGUAGAGAAGAGAAGACCAGACAGCAAGAAGCUAAUAAGGAAACACAACUGCUUGAAAAAGAAAGAAAGUCCAGGAUCCAGUAUGAAAAACAGAUGGAAGAGAAGCAACGAAAACUGAAAGAACAAAAAGAAAAGGAUGAGCAGCGGAGAAUAUCUGCAGAAGAAAAAAGGAAACAAAAAUUACAGGAAGAAAGGGAGAGAUUUAAAGCUGUUCUCUAUCGGACAUCGGAACGGAGCAACCGUGUUGAUCAUCGUCAAAAAAGAUGGUCAUGGGAAGGCUCUACAUCCAUGAACCCAGAAACCAAAACUGCUAAUACACGUUCUGUAUCGACUGAAAAACUUGAACAAGAGACUUCUGGUUUACACAAACAAACGUCUGUGUCAUCUGCAGGUCUUCAGAAUUCUGUUGCAAAGAAAAAAAUAGAGAAGAAGAGAAGCUCAUCCUUGAAUAGAAGAUCUAACAAAUUGCAGACACCUGGAGAAACUGUACAAGCAGAAGAAAAACCAACUGCUCGACACCCGUAUACCAGUCUUCGGGAGAAUGAUUUAAUCACUCGCCUGCUUGUCCCUACAAAAGCAUCAAUAGCCAGGAGCAAAAGUGCUGUUUCUUUGUCAGUUCCCGGGAAAGAUACUCCAGGCACCCACAGUACUUUAAUCCAGUAUAUAAACAUGCCCUUGCGUAGCCGUAGCAGUGACGAAUUGAAGAAUACCACAGUGCUUCGCAAGGCAGCCGUGGCAGGGCCUCCCCAGGAGAAGGUGGACACGGCCCCCCAUGUGAGUGUGGAAGCGGCCCCCGAGACGAGCGUGGAAGCGGCCCCCGGGGCGAGCGUGGAAGCGGCCCCCGGGGCGAGCGUGGAAGCGGCCCCCGGGGCGAGCGUGGAAGCGGCCCCCGGGGCGAGGGUGGAAGCGGCCCCCGAGGCGAGCGUGGAAGCGGCCCCCAAGGUGAGUGUGGAAGAGUCCUCUGAGGGGAACACGGAGGCGUCACGUGAAGCAGGUAUGGAAGCACUCCCCGAGAGAAUGGAAAUGUCACCUGAAGUGAGCGUGGACGUGUCGUCCCCCGAGGCAAGCGUGGACCCGUCCCCCAAGGUGAGCCUGGACUCAUCUCCUGAGGUGAGCCUGGAUGCAUCCCCUGAUGUGAGCAUGGAAGCGUCAUCUGAGGCCAGUGUGGAAGCCAGUGUGGAAGCCAGUGUGGAAGCGGCUCCCAAGGCUAGUGUGGGCCUGUCACCCGAGGCCACGGUGGAAGCAUCGCCUGAGGCCAGUGUGAAAGCACUCCCCAAAGAGAGUGUGGGAGCGUCCCCUGAGGCAUCCCCCAAGGUGGGCACGGAAACAUCUUCCCAGGUGAAAGUGAGCGACUCUCCACAGAAAUCGGAGCUGGACAAACAGGCCUCAAAGCCUGCUACCAAGAAGCGCCUGGUGUCACACAUACCGUGUUAUAAAUGGCCGUCUUCUGUGAGUGCGCGGCGCCCGCCUUCCCCCGUCACUGUGAACAGGCAAAUGCAAAAGAAUCGCCCCCCAUCACCAUCACCCGUCAUGUCAAAACAGUCACAGUCUCCUCUUUCCUAUAAAAUAAUCCCUGUUCACCGUAGCCUGUUGGCACAAAAUGCAUUAGGUACUCUUGGAAAGAAAAGAGAAGGAGUGCCUAAAACUGCUAACAGCUCCGAGGCUGUGAGCCAAAAGCAGAUGGUCUGUGAAGAGUCUAGUAAUAAAAGCACACCAGGGACUAUGAAUGCCAAGGAGGCAACAAAAAUUUUGGCAGAAAAACGACGGCUUGCUCGCGAACAAAGAGAAACUGAAGAAAGAAUACAAAAGGAAAGGGGGCAAAGCAAAACAAAGGACGUAGCAGGGAAAGCUGUGGAAGGCCAACAAGAAGAAUUCUUGAAACUGGAAGAUGGGCAGCAACAGAAGGAAAUAAAGAAAGGAUGUCCAGAUCCAGAAGACCAGAAAGUGCUACUACAGAAAGGGGCCGCCAAAAUAAAAGCUCAGGAGGAGGCUGAAAAACGCAAGAAGGAACAGGAGAGAAUUAUGUUACAGAAUUUGCAGGAGAGAUUAGAGAGAAAAAAGAGAAUUGAGGAAAUUAUGAAGCGGACAAGAAAGACAGAUUCAAAUGCCUCAAAGGCUGCAGAACCAUUUGUUGAUAACACAUACGAGGAGGACGAGGCGGACGACGAGGACGAGUCGGAAAGUGACGACGGUUCCUUUGAUGACCUGCGUCCAUCAGCCUUUAUAAAUGGCAUGGAUUCAUCCACAAAACUCAAAACACAUUUUAAAAACAUGAAGAAGAACACUCCCAAGCUGGUGUUUUUAGACGCCACUUCUGGCCAAGUCCAUAGAGAGACAAAAACAUUUUUUAAUGGCGACAUGAAAAACUUCAGACAAAAAAGUGCGAAAGACCCUUUGGCUCAGGCAAAGGGUACCAGAUCGUCCAGCAAAAGAAUGACGAGCCGAGCAACAAAAACCAGAAAGGCAAGUGAAACCUGUAACACCGUGGGACCCUCCAAGAGUUUAUAUCCAGAGGCACAGGAGUGGAUCUGUGACAAAAUUAUUGACAUCAGAAAUGAGGCAGAGUCCCUUAUGUCCAGUAUCCCUCCUGAUAGCCGAAAAUACCAUCUGAAAGGUUCCAUGACAUUCCACCAGAGUCCCCCGUUGCCUUUACACAACAAGAAAAGCAAAUCUGUUCCUGCUCCAUCGGAUCUGUAAACUUCGCGCAGCCCAGAAGAGAAUUCGUCAUCUACUCUGGAUCUCAACUUCCAGACCCCCUAAAUUUUGUGCCUCUGACUACCAAAAUGACCAUCAAAAACAGGGAAAACAUCAGACAGACACCUUAAUGUCACCUUAAUGCUCAGAAGCAGGUUAUCAUCUUGACUCUUGCCAACAGCAAGGGCUCUGAGUAAAGAGUCAUUUUUGUUUUCCUGUAAAAACCUCCACUGUCUCGUUCUUGUUUUCCGGCCGGGGUGUGUGAGCGCGCCCAGCAGUGGUCACUCUUGAGUUUCUAAGCCGAGGGGGAAUUUUCUCUCUCAAAGUACUGCUUAUCCCGUUUAACAGGUACCUUACUUCAGCAAUUCAGAACAGACGUUCGAUCUCGUAGAGGCCGUAUGGGGUGUGCGAGGGACUCGGGAUUGCUCACAAGAGCUCUGCUGGCUUGUUUCUAAUAAUCAGGAGGUUGCAAAAUGUAGUACGUCACAUGUUACCAUUACGUCUGCAUGUUUUUAACUCUGCCAUCACCCGAGUGCACAGGCCCUGGCACCCCGAGAUGCUCCAGGUCCUAGAAAGUGUGCCCUCGGGACAGUGUUAGCGCCUGCCGUGCUCAUCAGUGUUACUUUGUUGAAGUGCACCUUGGGGGUUUAUUUCCAAAACUGUGCAGUGGUUUUAUUGUACCUAAAGCAGUAUCUGGCUGCUGUCCGGCGGGGCACAUGCCAUUCCCCUGGGUGUUGGCAGCAGGUCGUCUUUGGGUCCUCGUGCCCGCCAGGCCUGCGCUUUGGGGUGCGGGCCCAGAGCUGCUUGCCUUUCCCUAGCCACUGGCUGCGAGUGAGCACAGAAGCAGUGCCAUUCUUUGGUCCCCGUGCUAGAUAGGCGUGCACGCACGUCUGCCCGUGCAUACACGUCCGCGCACACACAGGAUAGGUUUCCUGAAAUCCGUCAAAUUCUGCUUAUACACACCAUCGACUAAGACUUGAGUGCACAAACCCCUACCCCUGAUGGGUUUUCUGGUGAAUCACAACGACUUUCAGGCAGGCCUGUGUUCCUUUCUAGCCACCAGCCUUGGAUUAGUGAAAGGAAGGAAUUCUUUCUGAUCCCUUAGUUCUUGGCCGUUCAGAGGACUGUACCGUUGAGGAUUAGAGCUUGGUGCCUUAGAGUUGAAAACUGUUUUUAUACACUAGCUCUUUCGUAUAGAAGGCAGAGACAGUCAUCCUGACAAAUGAGUUUCUGGUAUUUUUCUGCACAAAUGUCACAUGUUGGAACACUGUUACACCCGCAUUUGUAUGUGUGCUCUGUAAAAUAAACUUUGCAGAUAAA